AUGAGUCCAUAUUCUGAAAUAUCUUCUGCUAUUGUCACCUCAGCUGAAAUGUCCAGUCUCAGCUCUGCUAGUUCCCCUGUUACGCAAGUGUCACAACCACAGCCUGCCCUCCUAUCCGCCUGGAAGUCGGCUCAGGCUCCAUUGCUACCUCCUGAACCAGAUCGUCUUGCCGAUCCGUUCGACAUUGGCUGGGCUGACCGAGCCAUAUCUAGCUUCAGUCCAUUGGUGGUGACACAACCACAGCAGCAUCUGCUACACUCAGUUCUGUCGACAGCACCUGGUAUUUCAAACAGUUUAGCUUCAAGAGUUCAAGGGCCUCCCGGUGACCCAAUGUCUACUACUAACCCCUUUCUUGCCUAG